AUGGUUUGUUUUGGUUGGGUGGGUGGAUGGUUUGUUGAAUUAGAACCGUAUAACAGAAUACGAAAUGAAAGCGCUCCAGUAGAAUUUCAGUUAGUAGAAGACGAAGUUGAAAAUAUUGACAACUUGAUUAAUUAUGGCCAAGAAAAUUAUGAUUGGAAUUCGAAAGAGGUUCCAGAAUACAUCGAUAAUUUGUUAAAAAUUACUUGGAAAUUACAUGCCAGAGUGUUUCGCGCGCAAAAGAACUUGGAUAAUAUUAUGGAUGAAAUGUAUACUUGGGCAAUGAUGCCAGUUAUUUACCGUAAGGAUGCGAAAGAUGAAAAUUUAUUGUCAGUCGCUGAUAAAGACGACAGAUUUGCGGAAAGAUUUGCGGAGAUCGAAGCAACAGCUGAAGAACUGGAACACGUAUUAAAAGAAAAUUAUAAGCUGCCGGAUGAGGAAGUAACUGAAGAAGCGGAAGUACCGGAAGAACAAGAACAAGUAGAAGAAGAAGAAGAGGUUGACGAAGAAACGUUAGCAAUAAGACGCGAGAAAUGGCAACCUUAUCUACUCUAUGUUGACAAUUUAAUUUCCAAAGGUCUUAUUCAGGCUGUCUCCACAAGUAUUUGUUACAUUCUCGACGAAACUGAUCCCGAAGGCGAAAUAUUUCCUUCGUUUGAGAUUCAAAUGUGUUUGGAGAACCCUAAUAUUGUUUUCCGACCGCCAGUGGAAUUAGAUGAUCCGGAAGGUUUCUAUGCUUUCUUCGAGUCGCUUCUUCUUGAAAUGAUGAAAAUGGGUACCCUCAUACCACGCGUCGAUCCUGAGUUGCAUGAAGGUCGAGAAAAUUACGCGCUCGAUGUUGCUGAAGAGGAAGGUAUCGUGUUUAUGUUGGAAGAAACUUGCAAUCGAGCAAAACUGGCCUUAAUAGAAGUGAAAGGACAUGUACAUACAUACGAAAUCUACUCAUGGCUGUGGACAGAUGAUAAGCAACAGUAUUUAUCCUAUUUUUUGAGAUUUUCUCAAUACGUAAAUCCCGAGCAAAGGGAAAUGAUCGAACAUCAUCCAGAGUUUAUCCCAGAUAACCUAAAAGAAAAGAAACCAGAUUUAGCGACUUUCAAGCGGGAAAUCGAUUAUUUUAUGUCUCUGUACAACAAGUGCGACCAAUUGCAAAAUGAGCAAAUCUUUUGUCGAUGGUUGAAACUUGACAUAAAGCCUUUCAAGCAGACGCUCUUGAACAUAAUUUGCAAAUGGGCUAACGUGCUGAAGGAGUAUCUGGUCAACAGAAUUACCACACAAUUGGAGAAUUUAUCAGAAUUUUUGAAAGCAGCAAUGGAAAAUUUUUCGCGUCCUAUACACGAAGAUGACUAUGACGCACUUCUAGAAACUAUAUACUAUUUAAAGGAAGUCAGGGAUCGUCAAUACGAAAUCGAAGACAUGUUUGAUCCAAUUAAGAAAACAAUAGAACUGCUACAAAGCUACAACGUGUAUUUAGACGAGAAAAUUUUUAAUUGGCUCGGAGAAUUGCCCGUUAAUUGGGAAACAUUGAAAAAGAUGGCUGCUCAGGUGAAACAUAUCGUCCAGCCUUUGAUGACUCGUCAAAUCGAUCUCUUAAAGAAGAGGCUAAACUAUUAUCACUUUAAACAACAGCGUUUCCUGAGCGAAUUCCACGAACAAGAUGUUUUCAACCCAGAUUGUGAAAAUCAUUAUGAAAAAUUAAACGAAAUACACGAAGAGGUUUUAAAAUUCCUGUGCGAAGAAAAAGAUCUACGUGAUCAAAUUGUCAUUUUUGAGCAGGAAUUGCCUGAAUUUAAAAUGACGAAACAGAUACAGAAGGAGAUGCAGUUUUUGAAAACCUUGUGGGAUUAUGUGAAUGUUAUUACAACUUCUUUGAACGAGUGGAAGAAAACCACGUGGAAGAAACUAGAUGUUGAAUGGAUGGAUCAAGAAUGCAAAAAAAUUCUCAGAGAAUUAAGACAACUGGACAAAGACGUCCGUCAUUGGGAAUUGUACACUAAUAUCGAAGCACAAGUAAGGAACAUGAUGGCAUCAUUGAGAGCGGUCUCAGAAUUGCAGAAUCCAGCAAUUAGAGACAGGCAUUGGAGGGAAUUAAUGGCUGAAACGAAGGUGGUAUUUAUCAUGACCGAUAAUACAACAUUGGAAGACUUGCUAAAGUUACAAUUGCACAAAUAUGAAGAAGAAGUUAAAAAUAUUGUUGCUAAAUCAGUAAAGGAAAUGGCAAUGGAAAAGGUGCUAAAAGAACUUAAUGACACUUGGAGUACGCUCGAAUUUGGGAAAGAGAUACACGAACGUACGAAAUUAAAUAUUCUUAAAAUCGAUGAGGAAACUAUUGAAAUCCUUGAGGACAAUCAGGUGCAACUGCAAAACAUGUUAGGUUCGAAAUUCGUUGGAUAUUUUCUUGGUGAAAUUCUUGACUGGCAGAGAAAAUUAAGUACUGCAGAUGCAGUGAUUAAUGCAUGGUUCGAAGUUCAACGAGCUUGGGGUUAUCUCGAAAGCAUUUUCAUUGGCUCUGAAGACAUUAGGAACCAACUUCCAGAAGAAACCAAGCGGUUUGAAAAAAUUGACAAAGAGUUCAAAGAACUGCUGAAGGAAAUGUUGAGCAAUUUGAAUAUCAUCAAAGCAACCAACCGACCUAAACUUUUAGAGAAACUAGAAGAGCUGCAAGUGCAACUAAAUUUCUGCGAGAAAGCGUUAGCCGAUUACUUGGAAACGAAGAGAUUAAUAUACCCAAGGUUUUAUUUCAUCUCCGCAGCAGAUUUACUUGAUAUUUUAAGCAAUGGAAACAAUCCUGAAUUGGUCUGUAGACAUCUAUCAAAGCUGUAUGAUUCUAUUGCAAAAUUACAUUGGAAAAUGGAUGGUGGGAAACCAACGAAGCAGGCGAGAGUUAUGAUAGCCAAAGACGGUGAGGAAAUGGCUAUUCAUGGGACUUGCGAUUGCAGUGGAAAGGUGGAAGUUUGGUUGAACAACGUAACAGAUGCGAUGAAGAGAUCGGUAAGGUAUCAUAUAUCUCAGGCAGUAGCUACGUACGACGAGAAACCACGUGAACAAUGGAUUUUCGAUCAUCGAGCUCAACCCGCGCUAUGCGGAACUCAAAUCUGGUGGACUACUGAAGUAAACAUGGCCUUUAUGAGAUUAGAGGAAGGUUUCGAGACUGCGUUUAAAGAUUAUCAGCGAAAGCAAAUUAAUCAGCUAAACGCGUUGAUAGUACUUCUCUGUGGAGAUUUGAGUGAAAGCGAUAGAAGGAAGAUCAUGACAAUCUGUACAAUCGACGUGCAUGCAAGGGACGUUGUAGCGAAAAUGAUCGCGAUGAAGGCAGAUCACUAUUCUAGUUUUCAGUGGCAAUCGCAACUCAGGCACAGAUGGGACGACAAAGUUGGUGAUUGUUUCGCUGAUAUUUGUGAUGCUUCCUUCAAAUACGAUUACGAAUAUUUGGGAAAUGUUCCACGGCUGGUGAUAACACCAUUAACCGAUCGAUGUUACAUCACUUUAACACAAUCUUUGCAUCUUAUAAUGGGUGGAGCACCAGCUGGCCCAGCUGGAACUGGCAAGACAGAAACCACAAAAGAUUUAGGGAGAGCAUUGGGCCAAAUGGUUUAUGUGUUUAACUGUUCCGAACAAAUGGAUUAUAAGUCCUGCGGAAACAUUUACAAAGGACUUGCUCAAGUAGGGGCAUGGGGUUGUUUCGAUGAAUUCAACAGAAUUUCGGUGGAGGUACUUUCGGUGGUGGCUGUGCAAGUGAAAUCAGUUUUAGACGGAGUGAAAAGCCGCAAAUCAAUAUUUUUGUUCUUCGGAGAAGAACUGAAUCUCGUUCCCACUGUUGGAAUGUUCAUUACUAUGAAUCCUGGUUAUGCCGGAAGGACGGAAUUGCCCGAAAAUUUGAAAACUUUGUUCAGGUACAUUAAAUCAUCUAUGUUUUUAUUUACAUAA